AUGGCCGAGUUCAUGAUGGGUUCGCGACAAAAGUACGACGGUCACCCAGGAUACGAAGGCUAUCUCAACUUUCGAGUUGCUGCUUUGCCCGAGAUACUUCAGGAUGCCGGCUACUUCACUCUGUGCUCGGGGAAGUGGCAUCUAGGCAUGACUGCCGAAACCUCGCCCUCUAGUCGUGGUUUCAGCAAGUGUCUUUCCUUUCUCCCUGGCGCUGGGAACCACCACAAUUAUGAGCCACAGCUUGACGCAAAACUUCCUCCGUUCAUCAAGAGCUCUGGCUUCUGGAUGGAGAACGACAAAUUCAUCGACCGCAGCAAAGACUUGCCCGAGAACUUUCAUUCAAGCGACUAUUUCACCGACCGCCUGCUCGGCUUUUUAGAUGAGCGCACGGAAGAGGAGAAACAGAAGCCUUUCUUUGGAUAUCUAGCAUACACUGUACCACACUGGCCACUGCAGGCACCACGAGAGAAGAAUGCCAAAUACCGUGGUUUGUAUGACGAUGGACCAAAGGCUCUCAGAGAUCGACGUCUGCGCCAACUCGAGAAACUACACCUAGUCCCGGAAGAUGUAAUUCCAGCCCCCGUAGACGAUCUUGGAGCCGUCGAAUGGCAUAAGAAAAGUGCACAGGAUAGAGCCGUGGCAUCUCGAGCCAUGGAAAUCUAUGCCGCCAUGGUGGACAAGCUCGAUGACAAUAUCGGCCGCGUCAUCGAUUACCUGGAGGCCAGUGGCGAGCUCGACAACACAUUCAUCGUCUUCAUGUCUGAUAACGGUGCUGAGGGCUCAACUAUGGAAUUCAUGCCCAUCAUGGGCUCACUUGACAUCCAGGAGAUACUUCGACAAUUCUAUGACAACUCGUACGAGAAUAUGGGCAACGCCAACUCUUUCAUUAUGUAUGGGCCGCAAUGGGCUCUUGCGGCCGCGGCACCUUCGCGAGGUUUCAAAGCCUGUACCACUGAGGGCGGCAUACGGUGUCCGUGUAUCGUGCGGUAUCCUCCUCUUGUGAAGACGCAGGGAGGCAUCAGCCACUCCUAUACCAACGUCAUGGACAUCCUGCCUACGAUGUUGGAUCUGGCCGGCGUGUCACAUCCUGGCACUACUUUUCGCGGUCGUAAAGUAGUCACUCCACGAGGCAAGUCCGGGGUUCCGAUGCUUGGUUCCGAGACGUGCGAGGUAUAUGGCGAGGGUGAGGAUGUUGCUGGAUGGGAGCUUUUCGGCAUGCGAGCGAUACGGAGAGGAACUUACAAGGCUGUGCUGUUGCCUCCGCCUCAUGGCACUGGCACAUGGGAGCUUUAUGACAUUGAGAGUGACCCAGGUGAAACCAAGGACCUGGCGGCCUCACAGCCAGAGAUCAUGAGGCAGUUGCUUCAAGACUGGGAGGUUUAUUUCUCUGAAACAGGCAUAAUCGAGUUUCAUGUGCGAAGAGAAAAGGUCGCAGGUAUGUAA